AUGCUAAAGGUAUAUCCGUGGAAGGGGAUUAUUCGGUUCAGAAAAAGGGGGAAAUUUAGCCCAAGGUUUAUUGGGUCAUUUAGAAUCGUUGAAGGCAUUGGUAAGGUCGCAUACCGUCUUGAACUACCCGAGGCUCUGAGUGGAAUUCAUAGCACAUUCCACGUAUCACAUAUCCGGAAAUGUCUAGCCGAAGAAACAACUUAUAUCCACUACGACGACAUUGAGGUGGAUAAUAGUCUUAACUACGCAGUGAAGCCGAUUGCGAUUCUAGAUCGUAAAGUGAAAAGCUUGAGGAACAAAGAGAUUAACCAAGUAAAGGUCAAAUGGGAGCACAGAAAGGGUUCGGGUACCACAUGGGAGUCCGAAGAGGAGAUGCAACGACUCUGCCCUACAAUAUUCGGUACGUAA